UAAAGUCAAACACCAUUCUGAAAAUAUAUUUACCCGAUUUUCCACCCUAAAAAAAUGCUGAAAAUCUAUGGACAAGAUUGUGAAAAUGAAUAUAAUUGAAAAUCACAGUGCAGUGGUAAUAUCAAACAUGGAGAAACGAUGCCAAUUUUGGCUGCCGAAGAAGAAGAGAUUCUGCGCCAACACCCCCCUCAAUCCCUCAUCCUCAUUCUGUGGGAAUCACACCACAAGGUCCGAUGCCAACUGGGUUCCUUGUUCAAUCGACCCUUCACAUUGUGUGCUUGAAGAUAACAUGGAGGCACAUCUUAAGAAAUGCCCUCUUUUGAAACAAACACAGACUUUGUUAGUCCAGCCUUAUUACCAACAGGGCAUCAAUCGAGGUACAGAUGAUGAUUCUGCAGACCACCCCGAUUUUACUUCUGUAUUGAAGAGGAAUCUGGUUUAUUCUUUGACGGUUCCUCAGUUUUCGGACCUGCUCUCCAAGAUCUGCUCUAUUCACAAUUCCAUUUCUAAGGAUAUAGGCUUUUCUUAUAAGGUGCCUCCUGCCUGUCAUAUCUGGAUUAACAGGCUAAUUAGUAGGAAAUUGCCGUACCAAGAGAAGCAUGUCCAGCAACAGGCGUCAAUUCUUGGCAACUUGGAGGAAUUUGGGGUUCUGAGCAGUUCUACUCAAGCUUUGACAGAACAACAGUUUGAUCAUACUGCAUCACGUUACUGUGAAGAUAAUAUCUCUUCUGUUGUUGAGUUUGGAGCUGGUAGGGGCUAUUUGACACAGAUAUUAGCUGAUUGUUAUGGGAUCAGAAAGGUCUUCUUGGUUGAGCGUAAGUCAUACAAGCUGAAGGCUGAUCGAAGUUUACGACAGAAAGAGAACCUGGCAUUGGAGCGUUUAAGAAUUGACAUCGAAGACUUGAAUCUGAAUGCUGUCGAAUCUUUGAAGGGAAUACCUUACUUGGCGAUUGGUAAACAUCUAUGUGGACCUGCCACAGAUUUGACCCUUAGAUGUUGUCUUGGCGAACAAUGUGAUCAAGAUAUUGGGAUAGAAAAGAGUGUUCGUCCUCAACUUAGAAGCACUGCUGUGGCAACCUGUUGCCACCAUCUCUGCCAAUGGAAACACUACACAGGUAAAAAGUACCUAAAGAACCUAGGAAUCACUAAAGACGGUUUCCAUGCUAUUACUUGGUUUACCAGCUGGGCAGUAGAUGCUGAUCAUGGAUCAGAUCUUUCUGAUGAUGGUUUUUUGCAAUCUCCAUUGCCACCAGGUGAUAAUGAUGAAUAUGGUGGAGGUGGUAAAGAAGUUGAAGAUAUUAUAAGGAAUAUGAAAGCAGUGGACAGGGCAGCAUUGGGAUUCAUGUGCAAGGAUAUCAUUGACAUGGGAAGGUUGAUGUGGAUGAAGGAAUGCGGAUUAGAAGCUAAACUUGUCAAGUAUGUCCCAUCAGACAUUUCCCCUGAGAAUCGUUUACUGAUUGCUAAGGUAGCAGCACCAACCAUAUCUACACCAACAAGCUAAGAUGUAGGACUAAACACUAGUGACGAAAUGCAUGGAAUCCAUGACUCCACCUGAUAUUGAUGUACUCCUAUAAGACGUUAACCAGGCCAAGAAAGUGAAGUCUCGCUGUCUCGGAGAACAUUGUGUUAUGUACUUGUGUGUUUUGAGGAAACACAACAUCUUUUACUCUUUCUGCUUGUAAUGAAUAUGAUAUAAAGAAGUUAACUUGUUCAUUCAUCGAUGUACCUAGACCAUAUUUACGAGUAACAGACAAGGGGUAUCAGAUUUUGUACAACAUUCAUUUGGGACAUCAACUUUAAUUCCUUGCUGGUUUUCUCAGCUUUCAUAAGUCCAUUAGUCAAAUAUGGGUUCUCUCAA